AUGCAUAUAUCCGGACAGCAAAGGUUUUUUCCUGAAGGUUGGGCAAAGAGAGCAAAUAUACCUGGAAGAACGAAUGAUAAUAAUGCUUUGUCCAAGCCUAGCAAAGUAAAUGCUGUUUCUGAAAUUUUCAGUGAGUACAAUAAUUCAAAACGAUGUACUCAGGCAGUUGAUCGAAUAAUUGAAAGUAUUCAACAAAGGCAAAAACUAACCCAGAGGAAUGGAAGUAAUCAGGUCAAACCGACCACAUACAGCCACCCCCAACCAACGUUUUUGAAUCCUCAAUCCUGUCAUCAUAGAUUACCAAGUGAAUUUGUUCAACGGUCACGUGUUCAACAAAUAAUCGACGAUUUUCUUCACAAAGCCAGAAAACGAGGACUAGGUGGUCGGACGUCUAAAGAAAGAAAUAACCCUCCAGAGGAAAUUCAUUGUCAUCCAGUCAGUCGCCAACCAUAUAAGCCUAGGGAGGGAAAAGAAAUCAGUUUCGGUGUUAAGGAAGAUUUGCCUCCAGCAGAGCAUAAAAAUCUUCUACUUGAUGCAAAUCGGAGCAAUUUUGAUACUGAAUUUCAUCAUACAUGUUCUUCAGGGAUUUAUUCACCAAGUUUUAGUAUUCGAUCGGACUCACCAGAUUUAUUUGAUCCACAAAGAAAUAAAGUUAGUUCAGAAAAUGAUCAAAAACAACCAGUGAAUAUAAUUGAUAAAGAAACAAGCUUUGGAUUGUUUAAUCAUCUUCAUGAAAUCCAUUUUUCCAAGUCUGAUUACGACGAAAUAAUUCAACCUUCUGACUUAUAUUUUUCCCAGUACUCCCGAAAAAUGCAACAGUCUCCUAAAAUGGUAGAAGUCCCAUUAUUUCCAGAUAAUAACUCAAUCAAUAAUUUCCCAGUUAUCAACAACAGAAGUGCCCAUGCCAUGGAAAGUAAAAUUAUACCUACAAAUGUAUAUCAUAAUAGACCGCGUAUUUUAUCCCAAAAUCAAUUUAAUCAAUAUGAAGAUCAAUCACCUAGAUCUUAUGAGGUUGGAUUGUGUAAAAACUGUCAAAUGCUGUACACCAAACAGACAAAUACAAACUUUCAAAUUGAUAAUAUUUUAAAUUCUAAUCCAAAUGUUUUUCAAAACAUUCAGAAAUCUAAUUCUACCAACAAGUCUUCACAAGAUAAUUGGAAAUUUAACUUCGCUAAUCAACGAUAUAAUGUAAAUAAUUUCAAUUUUUAUCCAGUAGAAACAAAUAGAGAUGAAUUUCAGGAUUUUUUAGAUGACUGUAAAUCCAGACAUGGUAUGACAACAAGCUUUGAACAAUUCAAUGAACACAAUACUUGCUGUAUGAAUAAUUAUUUCGAAAAUUUAGAGAAUGAUCAAGUCUUUAAACAUAAUUUUCAUAAAUUCACAAGUAAAUUUACAAAAGCUCAUCCUCAUACACUCAAACAUUAUGAGUCUUCAUCAGAGUUUAAAUUAGUGUUACCUUUCAAAGUAAUCAAUACUGAAUGUAAUAAGUUAAAUGAAACCUAUAUAUGUAAUCCAGAUAGACUAAAUGAGGAUAUUGUCAAGCAUCUUCAAAAUGAACAAAAGAAUGACUUUAUUUACGAUAAAAACGUUAACGCUCUUAAGCACACAGAUUAUUCAAAAAGUGAUCUAAAUUUAAAACAAGAAGAAAAGAUUCAUUCAUUAGGUUUAUCCUAUUUACCUGAUAAAAUAAACAAUCUAAAAUGUGCUAAGACAUCAACAGUAUCAACUCAAACAUAUUCUCCGGAUGAAAGAUGUGAAGGUACAUUUUGUAUCCCAUAUAGGAAACGAAAUUUUAACAUGGAAAAGACAUAUUGCACAAAAUGUCUAGAUGGUUCAAAGUUUAAACGUAAGACUCCACCAACAGAGGAAAUAAACACUCAUGAUGAAUCGAUUAUUACGAGUAACUUCAUCACUGAACAACUGCCGAUACGAUCAUCUACGAAAAACGACAUUUACAAACCACUAGCUACAUCGACACCCUCUGGUGAAAGGGCCGAUGACAAUAAAAAAAUCGAUGAGAACAAAUCUAAAUUGAAAACUAAACAACUAACAGAUGCUUAUUACAGUUUUCAGAUACCUAGAAAAAUUACAAGAGAUAUAUCUCCUGACACCAUUAUGAACAAUACGGAUGAAAGUGAAUCAUUUCUAAUUUUAAAUUUAUUAAAAUCAGCAGGUAAAAGUAUCUCAUUUGAAAAUAUUAAUAAUGAAGAAUAAGAAAUUGUAAAGUUCAGAAGACGAAAUACUGUUCAUGGUUGCCUUCAUUGAUUGUUAUACUGAUUUGGUUAAACAGUUCGGUAAUUUAAAUAAACAUAAUUGAUGCUAA